AUGAACAUGCUGUCACCGGACGAACGCACGCAUCUCGGCGCUGACGGUUACAUCCACCUGGCAAGGCGGCUCAAAAAUGCUGAAGAAAUCCAACGCUGGACCCAGGCCCUUCGCGAAUGGCAACCUCCCAGCAAACUCCUCAGAGUGCACUUAGAGCACAACGACCUCACCGCAGAGCAUGCCGCACAAAUCCUGAACGCGAUCAACGGACCAGUACAGGCCGUGUACCUCCAUCACAAUCAACUGCGAAGCCUGCAAACCCUGGAUUCCUUUCUGGAGAGACAUUCCCGAACACUGCUUGAACUACACCUCAGCCACAACAACCUAUGCACCCUGGAAGCCGAAGCAUUGCUGCUACAAAUCGGGCAACUUCCUCUAGACUCGACAGACUCCACGCCGUCCAACACCUGCUCCUGGAUCCGCCUCGAGUUCAACUGCAUCGACGUCCAGAAGCUCACCGACCGUCUACCCAGAAGCAUCAACAGACGUCUACAACUGGAGGACAACGGCUGCACCCCAACACGCUGCCGCUGCCUAAACCGGCAGCACAACCACCGCCUCCACUCGAAGUUCCUCCUCAUGCAGCACAACGCCAUGCCCAACGCCGAAGACAGACACGGACGGUAA